AUGGGUCUCAUAUACCAAUUCGAAGACCAGUUAAGCAAAAAGACGACUUUGUUAAUAGAAAAGGAUUUCACAACAUUCUUAUACAAGGAAUUGUACAAGAAUCUUAAGUUCAUCGAUGUAACUGUUGGUGAGCCAGGCUCCCUCCAUGAUGCGAGGAUGAUGAGAAAAUCUCGAUUCUACAGAAGGGCUGUUAGCAACGCAAAUUCUUUAUAUUAUGUACAGUCAGUAGAUGAUUUAACUUNUAGCAUCAAUCACAACGACAACAGCAGCGGCAACUGCAACAACUACUACUGCUACUACUACUACCACUACUACGGCAACAACAACGACUACAAUAUCAACAACAGCAGCGGCAGCACCAACAUAAACAAUAACAGCAAUAACAACUACAUCUAA